AUCGAAGAUUACACUCUCUGUUUCUGUUUGCAACUGAAACUACUUACUCCGAGGUUAUUAUAGAUAAUAGCCGAGGACGUUCCGAUUGAUUCAAAAUCAUGUAAAUGUAUCUAAAAAUAUCUAUUUGUAAUAUCAUAUAAUAUCAUAUGCUCGUCAUAUUUGUAUGAUAUCAUAUGCUCGUAAUCAUGUGACUGUUGUCCGAAUAUACAUACGUUAAUAUUCCUAAUUAAUAUAUAAUAUAAUACGUUUUCAUACUGUCGUUUAUUCUAUUGUUAUUAUUUGUUUGCAUGUGUACAUGUUGUACCUGUAAGACUAUCACAUACUUAUCAGUUGUAGAAGCGCACAUUCAUGGUAGUGGUAACUGCUAAGUUAAGCGUGAAUAUGAUUCACGAAAUAUCAUGAAAAUAAUCUGUUAAUUCCCAAUCUGUUAAGAAGUAUUGUUAGGAGAAAUUUCUUACGUUACAUAUUGGAGCUACACGUAUUGCUAUUGUGAUUUUGUAAAGGAUUUUAACGCAAAAAAAAUGUAUAAAAUCGACAUACUCCUGUUAAUAGAAAAAAGCAAUCACUGUACAUAAUCCGAACACACACACUAUAUACACUGCGGAAAGUAAUCAUGGACCAGUCGGAAAGCGGAACAAGUGAAGACGAGAACGAGAUCAAGGAUUUUCUUACAAGAGCUGAAGUACAUGUAGAACCUGGUAUAACAUGGGAAGAUGUUGUUGGAAUUAAAGCGGCUAGUGAAAAGAUAAAAGAGUUUCUUGUUUUACCUGUCAAGUUUCCAAAACUCUUUGAAGGUACUAAUAGACCAUCCUGUGUAGGAUUGCUGAUUUACGGGCCUCCAGGUAGCGGAAGGACUCUCUUGGUUCAGGCGACAAUUAAUGAACUUUUCACGACAUGCAGCAACUUUUUAUGUUAUAAAUUAUCAGCUUAUGAUCUGUUAUCUAGAUGGCUUAAAAAUCCGUUAAGAAUAUUUAAAACAAUGAUGGAGACAGCAAAGAAUCAGGAACAUAGUGUGGUGUUUAUUGACGAUGUAGAUGCUUUAUGCGAGUCAACGGAGCUGUGUUUGAAUCUGAAAAAAGAGAUGGACACGCAGCUGCACAGUGCUAAUCCUAAAACUUCUAAAAGCUUUUGUCUUGUUGGGCUUUCAAAUAAACCGUGGAAGAUAGCUGAAGACAAACUUUUAUUACAAAUAUUUGACAUUCGUAUUCCAACGCCACUACCAAACAAUGUUGAAAGAUGUGCAAUAUUUAAGAAACAGCUUGAUUCAGCCCAACAUUCUCUACAAGAGGAAGAUAUCCGAAAGUUCGGGGAAAUGUCUGUUGGAAUGACUGGGGCUGAUAUUUGCUCCGUGGCAAGGGAUUCACUUUUACAACCAGUCCGAAAAGUACAAGCUGCCACACAUUUUAAACAGGUUUGUGGGCCAUCUGGAGAAGGCCCAAAUAAAACGAGAGAUGACCUUUUAACACCAUGUGACCAGGAUGACCCCGGCGCUAUACAGAUGGACUGGACUCGGAUAUCAGACCCUAAUAUGCUUGCAUCUCCAGUAGUAACAAUGGAUGAUGUGAUGAAGUCUCUGUCAGCACAGAAGCCAAGUGUGAGGCAGGAAGAAUUGGCCAUGUAUGAACUACCUAUGUGACCAACUUACAUAUACUCACUAGCCAAAGAUACGUCUUAUAUGACCUGUAAAUGACCAAUGAGAAAUAGACAGCUGUAUUAUGAACUGCCUGUAGCUACAACUAGGUUCUUACUCUAUACAUGUAUACCGUAUUACAUAUCUUAUUAUACCUCUCUGACUUGACUGAAUCAAGAAUGUGUAUUGAUCAUUAAUCCGUUUUAAACUUUUUAUUAUUAUUUGAAAUAAUUGUAAAAGUGUAACUGAUUACUGUAAAAUUCUAUGAAGUCUAUAAGCCCUUAAAUUUUGUAUACUAUAUUGAUAGAUUUAACAUAUAUUUAAACCUUCUAAUUAUAGAAAGCAAAUGCAGUUCAAGAAAGGGAAAAAAGCUGUCUGUCCAGUUUUGUAUUUGAACAAGUCUUAAUAUUGCCAGAGAUUUAUAAUGUGUUAUGAUCUAUCACUUUGGAAUUUCUAAAUAGCCUGGGAAAUAUUUAGUCAUUUCUGUCUUUGACAAUAUUGUUUCUCUAUACACAUAAAUGGCUUGUCUAAACUUUAAAAUAAUUCUUAUCUUUACAUAAAGCAUAGGGUUCUUUAUUCACAUUCCUAGUCAGAAUUCUAUUUCUCAGAUAGUCAUCUAUAAAAUACAUUGUAAAUGCAUUCACCUAAAUGGAGUUAUUUGACAAUUCUGUUAUUGCAGUACAGCAAUUGUAGUUAUUGGAAAUUUGAUUUUUUCUUGCAGUAGCCUCCACAUAUUUUUAAGUUUCCUUGAGAUUAAUAUGUGUACCUGCUUUUAUUAUUUUUAUGAUUACUUCAAUAUCUACCUCAACUCUCCAUCAGUAAAGAUGGAUUUCAUUGAAUGUAUAUUUACU